UUGUGGCAGGCGGCGGGGGCCGGCGAGGGCGCCGGGGCCGCGGGCAGCGGCGGGGCGCAGAGAGGCGCGCGCGGGGGUUCUGACGGCGCGGGGCCAGCCGCUGCGAGGGCCGCUGAGGGCACUCACCUUCCGUCGCGUAACUUCGAAGCCAGGGCGUGGGAGCCCGGAGAGCGCUCGGAGCCCCAGAGCCUGAGGAGCGCAGAGAGGGGCGCGCCGGAGCCUGGUUGGAGAGCGGGCUCUGGGCACCCACUGCGCUCCGAGCGCCAGGCAGCCCUCUGCGCAGCGUGGCUGCCGCUGCCCCCACGGAGGGCACGGGCUGGCGCGGCCGGGCGCCGGGGAGGACGGCGAGGAGGAGGCGGCGGCGGCGGAGACGGCGGCGGCGAGGCUGGGGCCAGGGAGAGAGCCCCGGGGGAGAGGCGCCCGAGCCUGGCCGCGGGAGCAUGUGGGCCCGGAGCGGAGCGCGGGGCGCGCUGCUGCUGGCGCUGCUGCUCUGCUGGGACCCAAGGCUGAGCCAAGCAGGCACGGAUUCUGGCAGCGAGGUGCUCCCCGACUCCUUCCCGUCGGCGCCGGGUGAGCCCCUGCCCCACUUCCUGCAGGAGCCCCAGGACGCCUACAUCGUGAAGAACAAGGCUGUGGAGCUGCGCUGCCGCGCCUUCCCCGCCACGCAGAUCUACUUCAAGUGCAACGGCGAGUGGGUCAGCCAGAAUGACCACGUCACGCAGGAGGGCCUGGAUGAGGCCACGGGCCUGCGGGUACGGGAGGUCCAGAUCGAGGUGUCCCGGCAGCAGGUGGAGGAGCUGUUCGGGCUGGAGGAUUACUGGUGCCAGUGCGUGGCCUGGAGCUCCGCCGGCACCACCAAGAGUCGCCGGGCCUAUGUCCGCAUCGCAUACCUGCGUAAGAACUUCGAUCAGGAGCCUCUGGGCAAGGAAGUGCCCCUGGACCAGGAGGUUCUCCUGCAGUGCCGCCCACCAGAGGGGGUGCCUGUGGCUGAGGUGGAGUGGCUAAAGAAUGAGGACGUCCUCGACCCCACCCAGGACACCAACUUCCUGCUCACCAUCGACCACAACCUCAUCAUCCGCCAGGCCCGCCUGUCGGACACGGCCAACUACACCUGUGUGGCCAAGAACAUUGUAGCCAAGCGCCGCAGCACCACCGCGACCAUCACCGUCUACGUGAACGGUGGCUGGUCCAGCUGGGCAGAGUGGUCGCCCUGCUCCAACCGCUGUGGCCGUGGCUGGCAGAAGCGCACGCGGACCUGCACCAACCCGGCCCCGCUCAAUGGAGGCGCCUUCUGUGAGGGCCAGGCCUUCCAAAAGACCGCCUGCACCACCGUGUGCCCAGUCGACGGAGCGUGGACGGAGUGGAGCAAGUGGUCGGCCUGCAGCACCGAGUGUGCCCACUGGCGCAGCCGCGAGUGCAUGGCGCCCCCGCCCCAGAACGGAGGCCGAGACUGCAGCGGGACCCUGCUCGACUCCAAGAACUGCACGGACGGGCUGUGCGUGCAGAAUAAGAAAACUCUAAGUGACCCUAAAAGCCACCUGCUGGAGGCCUCGGGGGACGUGGCGCUGUACGCAGGCCUCGUGGUGUCCGCCUUCGUGGUCGUGGGCGUCCUCAUGGUGGUGGGGGUGGUGGUGUACCGCCGUAACUGCCGGGACUUCGACACCGACAUCACUGACUCGUCCGCCGCACUCACUGGCGGCUUCCACCCCGUCAACUUCAAGACUGCGAGGCCCAACAAUCCCCAGCUCCUGCACCCGUCGGCACCCCCGGACCUCACGGCCAGUGCUGGCAUCUACCGCGGGCCCGUGUAUGCCCUGCAGGACUCAGCCGACAAGAUCCCCAUGACCAACUCACCCCUGCUGGACCCCCUGCCCAGUCUCAAGAUCAAGGUCUACAAUUCCAGCACCACCGGCUCUGGGCCGGGCCUGCCCGAUGGGGCCGACCUGCUGGGGGUCCUGCCGCCCGGCACAUACUCUGGCGAUCUCACCCGGGAUGCCCACUUCCUGCACCUGCGCAGUGCUAGCCUCGGCCCCCAGCAGCUCCUGGGCCUGCCCCGUGACCCGGGGAGCAGCGUCAGCGGCACUUUCGGCUGCCUGGGUGGGAGGCUCAGCAUCCCGGGCACAGGGGUCAGCCUGCUGGUGCCCAAUGGAGCCAUCCCGCAGGGCAAGUUCUAUGAGAUGUACCUCCUUAUCAACAAGGCAGAGAACACCCUCCCGCUUUCAGAAGGAACCCAGACAGUAUUGAGCCCCUCGGUGACCUGUGGGCCCACGGGCCUCCUGCUGUGCCGCCCCGUCAUCCUCACGGUACCCCACUGUGCUGAAGUCAGCGCCGGUGACUGGAUCUUCCAGCUCAAAACCCAGGCCCACCAGGGCCACUGGGAGGAGGUGGUGACUCUGGACGAGGAGACCCUGAACACCCCCUGCUACUGCCAGCUGGAGGCCAGGUCCUGCCACAUCCUGUUGGACCAGCUGGGCACCUACGUGUUCACGGGUGAGUCCUACUCCCGCUCGGCUGUCAAGCGGCUCCAGCUGGCCAUCUUCGUCCCCGCCCUCUGCACCUCCCUGGAGUACAGCCUCAGGGUCUACUGCCUGGAGGACACACCCGCGGCCCUGAAGGAGGUGCUGGAGCUGGAGCGGACGCUGGGUGGCUAUCUAGUGGAGGAGCCCAAACCCCUGCUGUUUAAAGACAGUUACCACAACCUGCGCCUCUCUCUGCACGACAUCCCCCAUGCCCACUGGAGAAGCAAGCUGCUGGCCAAGUACCAGGAGAUCCCCUUCUGUCACAUCUGGAGUGGCAGCCAGAAGGCUCUGCACUGCACCUUCACCCUGGAGAGGCACAGCCUGGCCUCCACAGAGCUCACCUGCAAGAUCUGUGUGCGGCAGGUGGAAGGGGAAGGCCAGAUCUUCCAGCUGCACGCCACGCUGGCAGAGACGCCUGCCAGCUCCCUGGACGCCUUCUGCUCUGCCCCUGGCAGCACGGUCACCACCCAGCUGGGGCCCUAUGCCUUCAAGAUUCCACUGUCCAUCCGCCAAAAGAUAUGCAACAGCCUGGACGCCCCCAACUCGCGGGGCAAUGACUGGCGGCUCUUGGCGCAGAAGCUCUCCAUGGACCGGUACCUGAACUACUUUGCCACCAAAGCAAGCCCCACGGGUGUGAUCCUGGACCUCUGGGAAGCUCUGCAGCAGGACGACGGGGACCUCAACAGCCUGGCGAGUGCCUUGGAGGAGAUGGGCAAGAGUGAGAUGCUGGUGGCCAUGGCCACUGACGGGGACUGCUGAGCGGCCCCGGAACCAUGGGCUGGGAGGGCGGGCAGGAGGCGGGCACAGGGAGGCUCGGGCAGCCUCAUGAGAGGCGGGGCGGCCUAUGCUGUCCCCCAGCUCACAGCCGGAGUCACCCUCUCCUCCUCCCCUCGCCCCACUCCAGACCACGACCAGCCUUAGCAAAUCCAUGUAGUCCGUUGUCCAGAGGACCCAGUGCUCCUUCUCUGCCCUUGGCUGUCUCUCCUGCCAGCAGAUCUCUGCGGGGAACCCCCACGAGGUCUCCGGAGGCAGCCCAGGGGGCCAGGAGGGCCCCCCCCCGACUCCUUCCACACCACCUGCUACUGCCGCCCCGGGAGCUCUGGGUUACGUUUGUCUAAGUUUCGUCCUUCAGUUUCUCCCUCAGUUCCUGGUUUCUCCCCUGCCGCGAGCCCCUUUCUCCUUUCACACCAUUUUCCUCUUUGAAGAGUCAAGUACAAUUCACACAAACUGCUUUCUCCUGGCCAAAGCAAAAAGGAAAAGUAAAGGAAGAAAGAAACUUCAGACCGCCAGUCAGGCUCCAAGAAGAAAAAGAGCAACACCAAAACCACAAGGGAAAAGAAAAACCCAGUUUCUUAGGAAACGCACAUGAUUUAUUAUCCAGAUAUUUGGAUAAGUCCUUUUUAAGAAAAAAAAAAUGAAAAUGAAAAACAACACAAAAAAAAUAGAAAACUCUUUUCUUGAGUGUGGAUGAGUAUGGGCUUGCUCAUGGCUCUGGCCAGGAGUGAGCAUGUGUGCAUGUGUGCCCGUGUGUGAGAGAGAGAUUAUCAGGGAGAGAGAGACAGAACACCUUGCUGCUAAGGAUUCUGUCUUAGACUAACUCCUACAAGGCCUCAGUUUCCCCAGUUGUACAGGGUCAAAUGGGGUUUUAGCCAUGGUACCGUAUUUCCCUCUAAAAUCGUAAGCAGAUGCUGAAUCUAUAGAGCCAAGGAGCCCUGAGGUCUGGAGUGGGGUGGGGUCCUCCCGCCCACCCGCCUCCCCAGGCAGAUGCCGCACAGCCUCCCUGGGCUCCUGGGGAGUCCGGAUUAAGAGGCCUUGGGGUAGAAAGUGUGGGCAGGCCGGGCCAGCUGUGAGCCAGGGACGAUGUUUCCAGUGUCCCAGUCUGGUGGCUCCUGGAGAAGGGGGUGGGGCCCAAGCAGAGAAAGAAGUGGGGCGGAGGGAGAUAGAGUCUCCUAUGGACGUUUCUCUCCUUCACCCCGGGAUGGGACCAGCCAGGUCAUCCCUCCACCUAGCAGCUCGUAGACUAGGUGGGCUGCAGCAUAUUGGCAUUCUGUUAAUGCCCAGGAAUCCAGAAACUGGUCUUCCCCAGCCUCAGUUGGCUGGGGAAGUUCAUCUAUAAAACAGAAGGGAUGGAUAAGAGGGCCUCUAACUGCAGAAGCCUGAGCUUCUGGGCCUCGGUGUGGCUUUGAAGAACGUGUCAGCAGUCAGCCUUGCAGUCCGGGAGGUGGGUGCCUGGCUGGGCUCUACAUGCCUUCCCCCGCCCCGUACUGGAGGAGGACCUGGGGAGGGCUGUUUUCCCAGCUCUGACCUCCACCGGCACCUCCCUCAGCCCGGUUCUCAGCCUCCCUCUGCAGUCUGGGAGGUCUUGAAGGGAGCUUUGAACAGGCAGGGCUGCCAGAGUGGAGGGGCCAGGACCCCCUUGCCAGCCUGCUCCAGGACGCUCCAAGGGGCCAUCAAAUCAAGGUCCCUUUUUGACUGGCUGACAAGGGCUGGGACCUGGCUCUUACAACUGGCACAGAGGCCUCUCUCUCCUCCUUUGCACCCAGGGCAAAGUCUGUGCCAGCUCCCCCCGCCCCGACAGCUCUGGGCAGGCUCUGACCCCAGGGCUUGCCCCAGCAGGUCCAUGAGCAGCUGCUGGGACCAGCCUGGGCAUAUCCUGGCCUUUGAAAGCCUGGUCUCCUGGGAGGAAAGCAGGUUUGGGAGCUCCAGUCCCAGGCGGUGUCCCCAACCUACCCCUCCCUGCCAUGGACUCUGGGGCUUAUGGGGGUUCUCACCACCUACCGACCCCCCUGGGGGGUAGGUUAGCCGCAGGCAGACAGAGGCCUGCUCGGUUUGAGAGAGGAUUUCUUCUAUCAGGGCUGCUGAAGGGGCUAGGCCUGCAUUCGGGGUGGGGCAGCAACAGCUCUUGACCCCAGCGCCUGUGUGGUGUUGCCUCAAAGGCAGCGAGACUUCCCUGCCCAGGGUGCCCAUCCGCUGGGGGCUCCAAGUCCCCGAGGCCUCCUAGCCUGAGCCACGGAGGCCUGUGUGGCAGCAUGGCCUUGACGGCAGCCUAACCAGUGCCACAGAGGCUUUCCCGGUGCCCUUCCCAUCCGUCUCUAAAAGGCCCCCGGGCAGCCUGGAGUCCAAAGACCAGCGCUCAAGCUCCAGCUGUGCCAUUAAACUGCUGUGUGGCCUCAGGCACAGGACUGCCCUCUCUGGGCCUCAUCUUUUCAUACCCGCAGCUGUCUGACUCCCUUUGGGUUCUGACACAUGGUCGUUCUAGGGUCCUAGUGGGAACCCUAGUGGGGGGAGGUUGGCCGCGGUCUGCCAUGCCCCUCCUUCCCACCCUGCCUGCCCAGCACCCAGGAUGGGAGCUUUUGCUGGAUGAGGCCAGGCCAGCCACCCAUGUGCCAUUUCUCAGUUGAUAUCCAAAAAGUGUGUACCAGGGCCUGGAGCACAGACCCAAUUGGCUGGAGCCUCCUGGGAGGGUUCAAACUGUCCAGCUUUAUAAGAAACGCCUGGAAAAGUUUAGCUGGCUCCAUCCAUCAGUCCUCUGCUGAGGCUGCCGUGGCUGCAGCCCCACACCGCCCACCUUAGGGUAGCAUCAGGAUUUCUCCUCUUACUCAGGCCUAAGCGGCUGCCGCACAUGACCCAUGUGCCCCAUGAGAGGCAGAUCAGGGGCCCCCGAGGGGCUUGCAGGGGCCUUGAGUGGGUGUUUGUGUCUCUCUCAUCGCUGGGAUGUGCUUGCACGUGCAUGUGUGUGUGCGUGCUCCGGAUGUGCGUGCUUUUGUCUGCAGGCACAUCAGGUUGCCCGCGCCCCCCCCCCCCGGAACAUGUCCCCACCCGGAUGUGCGUGUGUGACCUCCCUGAGUCCACAGGGUCAGUCAGUGUAUCUUCUACGUGCCUCUCCUCUGCCUUCUCUCGCAGAGACCAGGGGUCCUCCUAAGGGUGUGGGGGUCUCUCCAUCUCCUGGAAGACCUAGGACCCUCUGGUCCCCUUCUCCCAGCAACCAGGCAGCUGGGCCAGGUCCCUUAGUACACCUUCGGAGGGAAGGUGACCGGGAGUUUGGGUGCAGGGAGCAGCUCUGCUGGGGGCAAAGGGCUGGCCCCCCUGCCUGGGCCGUGGACAUAGUUAUGUGUCCCGGGGAUGUAGGGCUGCGGGGAUGGCCCGAUCCCACUGCUGUUUAUUCUGUAAACUUCAACCUGUACAUAACGUUUAGCAUUCCUAUUGUAACAAAAUUAAUUUUUACAAAAUAAAUUAUAUUUCCUAGUCUAAUAAAAAA